AUGCACGCCCCUCCCCGAGGCCUGGUGUACGCAAUUUACUACACGGCUCUUGCAGUAAUCGCGGUUCCAGUUAAUGUAGUGGCCAUUGUGAUCCUGUCUCGAGGAAACUGCGGCCUGUCCAGAUGUAUCAGCCGGUACCUCGUGUCUAUGGCGGCGACGGAUCUUCUGGUAAUUAUCACCGCCGUGAUAUUAAACCGGAUUCCAGCUAUUUACUUUCCCGGUAGUGUCCUUUCCAUCACUCCCGUGUGCAGUUUGAGCAUUGCGUUAAUUUACGCUGCCAGGGACAGUUCGGUUUGGUUAACGGUCACGUUCACCUUUGACCGAUAUGUCGCCAUCUGCUGGCAGAAACUCAAAGCAAAGUAUUGCACCCACGGAACCGCAGGCAUUGUUGUCUCUGUUGUCUGCACUUUGGGCUGUGUGAUCAACAUUCCCUGGUACUUUUUGCACGAACCAAUGUACCUCAUUGACAAUGUGCCCUGGUAUUGCAAACAGAAGGACGAUCGAUAUUCUUUUAUCCUCUGGACAAUAUUUGAUUGGACCGAUCGCGUUCUGACUCCUUGUCUCCCGUUCCUGCUUAUUCUCUCGUUCAACGCUCUAACUGUCAGAUACAUUUUGGCGGCCAGUCGGGCCCGUAAGAGACUCCGUAGUUGCCCCACGGGAGAGAAACAGAGUGACCCGGAGAUGGAAAGCCGGAGAAAGUCCAUUCUCCUGCUGUUUGCAAUCUCGGGAUGUUUCAUCCUUCUGUGGACUCCAUAUGUUAUCCACUUCCUAAUUCAGCGAUUUCAAGUUGGUUAUACAAUCAAUGGCUACAGCGACCCCAGAUUCAUCCUGAUGGAAAUUGCCAAUAUGCUUCAGAUGUUGAGUUGCUGCACAAACACGUUUAUCUACGCAGUGACUCAAAACAAAUUUCGGAAAGAGUUGAAGGACCUGAUGAAAUGUAUGCGAAACAUGUAA